AUGGAGUAAAGCGGAGGCAGCAGGGGAAGAUGGCGGCGGCUGUUCCACAGCGGGCGUGGACCGUGGAGCAGCUGCGCAGUGAGCAGCUGCCCAAGAAGGACAUUAUCAAGUUUCUGCAGGAACACGGUUCAGAUUCGUUUCUUGCAGAACAUAAAUUAUUAGGAAACAUUAAAAAUGUGGCCAAGACAGCUAACAAGGACCACUUGGUUACAGCCUAUAACCAUCUUUUUGAAACUAAGCGUUUUAAGGGUACUGAAAGUAUAAGUAAAGUGUCUGAGCAAGUAAAAAAUGUGAAGCUUAAUGAAGAUAAACCCAAAGAAACCAAGUCUGAAGAGACCCUGGAUGAGGGUCCACCAAAAUAUACUAAAUCUGUGCUGAAAAAGGGAGAUAAAACCAACUUUCCCAAAAAGGGAGAUGUUGUUCAUUGCUGGUAUACAGGAACACUACAAGAUGGGACUGUGUUUGAUACUAAUAUUCAAACAAGUGCAAAGAAGAAGAAAAAUGCCAAGCCUUUAAGUUUUAAGGUCGGAGUAGGCAAAGUUAUCAGAGGAUGGGAUGAAGCCCUCUUGACUAUGAGUAAAGGAGAAAAGGCUCGACUGGAGAUUGAACCAGAAUGGGCUUAUGGAAAGAAAGGACAGCCUGAUGCCAAAAUUCCACCAAAUGCAAAACUCAUUUUUGAAGUGGAAUUAGUGGAUAUUGACUGAAAUAGUUCAGCUCUAAGGAUAAUAGCAACAAUGAUAAAACUUGGCCUUGAAGAAACUUACAUAACUCGUUAGAACUUGUUACUAUGGUAAAGGAAGAGUCAACUGGAAAAUUCAAGGAGUUAAUAAAAUUUGUUUACUUGAUCCCAGCUUUUGAGAGAUGUAAUCCCUUAUGAAUCCCUGAAGUCUAAAAUACUUUCCUACAGCUGUGUAAAAUACUGGUCAAGGAGAACUUUUUCCUUUUACCUCAUGUUGUAAACUAAGUGGCUCAAUAAAAAUUUAUCCACUGUCUU